AUGAUAUUGAAAAUACGAAUACUCAGAUUUUGUACUGAAACUGGUGAAACAGUUGAGUAUGAGUCAUAUGUAAUACCUGAAGACAUGUUAGAAGAAGGACAAUUAAGAUUAUUAGAUACUGAUACUUCUAUAGUUGUUCCUGUUGAUACUCAUGUUAGAUUUAUAGUUACUGCUAAUGAUGUUUUACAUUGUUUCACUAUUCCUUCAUUAGGUAUUAAAGUUGAUGCUUGUCCUGGUCGUUUAAACCAAGUAAGUGCUUUAAUACAAAGAACUGGAGUUUAUUAUGGUCAAUGUAGUGAGUUAUGUGGAGUUAAUCAUGGAUUAAUGCCUAUCAAACUAGAAUGUGUACCUAUUGGUGAUUUUGUAGAAUGA